AUGUGGACCGAUCGUUAUCGCAAUUUAUCAUACUUAGGAGGUACAGUAUCAUUUAUUGACCGGAAUUUUCAUUAUCGUUCGCUGGAAAUUUUUUGUCGGCCAUAUUUACAACCAAAUAAAACUGCUGAAUCAACUAUCAUAGCGCUUAAAGAAAUCCUUGUUGAUUUUGGUAUACGACAUUUACAAGCUGUUAAUUGGGUAUCCGAUCGUGGUUCGAACUUCGUAAAAGGAUUUUGUGAUUAUAAACCAAUAUUUUGCUUUGCUCAUCGCCUCAAUAACAUUUUAAAGAAAUUAUUUAGUAAAAAAGAUGCAUUAAUCAGUGACGCGACCACAACAUUAACCAUAGAAGAUUCAGAGGAAUCUGAUGAGCAACAAGUAGAUGAGGAUGACAAUGUUUCACAUAAUAUAUCAUCAACAAUCCCAACUGAAGGUCAAAAACUACUUCGUUUAAUCACAGAAUGUAAAAGAUUGGUCAAAUUUGUUAAAAAAGCUGGAUUAAAUAAUGAAAUUAGAGAAAGUGGUGGAAAAAGUUUAAAACAAGCUGUUAUUGUUACAUGGCUAUCUCUAUAUGAAUGUUUAAAAUCUGUGCAUGAUACGUACGAAGAUAUAAGAAAAGUUCUAACUUGUCGUAAACAACAAAUUCAAUUUGUUAAAAAACAUAAGAAGAAUCCAUCGCUAACAUUUAAUGAAUAUAAUGACGAUGAGCCUCCUGGUUCGUGUUCGAUAUUUUCGUCAACGUAUGCUACACUAUUAUACGUAAUGUUUGAUCCAGAUGUUCGGCAAUUUGCUGCUUUAUGUUUACAUCCUUAUUACAAAUUGAUGCCCGGCUGUUCAGAAGAUGAAAGGCAACAAUGUUUUCGUUAUAUUCGUGACGAAAUUCAUGUUAAACAAGAACAAAGUGCUGUGGACGGUCAAGAACAGGGAUAUGAGGCCCUUUCCAAGAAAAAUUCAUAA